AUGACCGUCACCGCGCAGGCGUCCACCAGCUCGACACCGCUGCCUGCGGCCAAGGGCAUCCACGUCGACACGCGCGGGGCAGUCAUCCUCCACGAAGAAUCGCCCGAAACACGCGACAGCCGAGGCAUAUACCUGCCGAACUACAUCGAACCGGUAUCGCAUAUAGCAGUAGAUGUUGGAGGUUCGCUGGCGAAAGUCGUAUACUUCACGCGGUCACCGGAACCGCCGUCCUCGCCGUCGAUCAUCGCGACCAACGGCUCGAGCACACACACCGAUCUGUCGACUCCCGACCCGCACUCUCCCGCAUCCGAAUCCUCUCCGCCUUCUGCCUUCCCGCGCGACAAUGGGGCAUUGACGCCUAUGGUUCUCGAUGCUCCUAAUGGGCACUCGAAUGGGAACCCGUUCGAUCACGCUCUCGCCGGCUCGCUUCUUCGCGCGCAGCGGAUGCAGCACUUCCCGGGCGGCAGCUUGAACUUUGAGCGGUUCGAGACGGAACACAUCGAUGACUGCGUUGUGUUCAUCCAUGCUCUCAUCGAGCGCUCAGCGCGCGUAAACGGAGUGAGCGUAGAAGAGAUGCGGGCGAGCGUGAAGAUCAUGGCCACGGGCGGCGGCGCGCAUAGGUUCUACGACUUGUUCAAGGAAGAGCUUGCGGUCGAGGUACGGAGGGAGGACGAGAUGGAGUGCUUGAUAGAGGGAUUGAGCUUCAUCACACUCAUACCGGAUGAGGUCUACUUCUUCAGCGAUCGCCUCAUUCAGAGCGUAGUCCAUGGAGGUAGCGCUAUUGUGGAAACGCCUCAGACAGCGCAGGACCUCCCUCGACCAAGUCCCAACCCGCCCAAGUUCGCAGUCACGUUCGAGAGCAAUCCGGCCCCCCAAUUGCCAUGUCUGCUAGUCAAUAUCGGAUCCGGUGUCUCCGUCAUUCGUGUCGCAGAAGACGGCUCCUUCGAGCGUGUCAGCGGAACGAGCCUGGGGGGAGGCACGCUCUGGGGUCUACUCUCGCUCCUUACGCCUGCGACGACUUUCGAUGAGAUGUUGGACUUUUCGGAAAGAGGCGACAACGAAGCAGUGGACAUGCUUGUCGGUGAUAUCUACGGUCAGGACUACUCAAAGCUCGGGCUCAAGAGCACGAUGAUCGCCAGUUCGUUUGGCAAGGUCUUCAAGAAGGGCGACCACAAGCGCUCCUUCCGGCCAGAAGACAUCUCCAAGAGCUUACUCUACGCCAUUUCGAACAACAUUGGUCAAAUUGCGUUCAUGAAUGCGGAGAAGUAUGGACUGGAUCGCAUCUACUUCGGCGGAUGCUUCAUCCGUGGGCACCCUGCCACGAUCGCUACGCUGUCGUAUGCAAUCCGCUUCUGGAGCAAAGGCACCAAGCGCGCGCUCUUCCUGCGACACGAAGGUUUCCUCGGGGCAAUAGGCGCAUGGAUCAAGAACAUCGACGGCGAUCGCGACUCUAGCUACGACUCCAGCUCAGAGGAACCGUCCUCAUAG